AUGAUCCACUCGAGACCUGGAGUUCAGACGUGUGUACUGCCGCCAAGGUGCUCGGUUCUCCGAGGGAGCGAAGGCCGCGAUGGGGUGAGGCCCUCCCUUCCUCCGGCGACGAGCACCGCGCCCGGCAGCGCCCGCCUGGAGCUCUCCCGCGCCGCGGCCUCGGUCUCCGCGCUCGCCUGCAUCUACGCGGCCCUCAUCCUGCACGAUGAGGAGGUGACCGUCACGGAGGGCAAGAUCAACGCCCUCAUUAAAGCAGCCGGCGCGAACGUCGAGCCGUUCUGGCCGGGCUUGUUUGCAAAGGCUCUGGCCAGCGGAGGCCCCGCCCCGGCUGAGAAGAAAGUGGACGCGAAGAAAGAAGAGGCCGAGGAGUCUGAUGACGACAUGGGCUUUGGUCUUUUUGACUAAACCUCUGCAGGAACACAUCCAAUAAAAAGCUGAGCUCUUAAAAAAAAAA